AUGGCUUUGUAUGAAGUAAAUGGAUGUAAACUUGUCUAUUUAGAUAAUGCUGCAACUUCCCAGAAGCCUAUAGCUGUCAUGAAAGCUUUACAAAACUAUUACGAAGAUUACAAUUCAAAUGUGCAUCGUGGAAUCCAUUCGUUAAGUGCAAGGGCAACGGACAAGUAUGAGUUGGCCAGAAAGAAGAUUUCAUCUUUUAUCAAUUUAUCAAAUUCUAGUGAGAUUGUAUUUACAAGAAAUGCUACAGAAGCCAUCAAUCUAGUAGCUUAUUCAUGGGGCCUCCAAAAUUUAAAGCAAGAAGAUGAGUAUGAACUUUCCAUUGUUCAUUGUCAACUUGUAGCUCAAAAGACUGGUGCUAUUUUGAAAUUUGUGAGCUUAAGUAAAGAUGAAGUUCCAGAUAUCAACGUGUUGAAGGAAAUGUUGUUGACGAAAACAAAACUUAAUGUCAGAAUGUUUGUUGACACUGCUCCAGAAGUUGAGGCACUGAUGGACACUACUCUAGAAGUUGAGGCACCUAUUAACACUAGUACUUUGCAUGAGACACCUACACUUUCACUUUCUAUUCAUCCUGAGCCACUAAAGAAAGAUGUUAAGUUCAAAUUAUACGUUGGGCAAGGUGGUGAUGUUGUGGCUCUUAGACGGGUGGUGGCUACCAAAGGCAAUAUGGGAUUGCGAAACUACCUGUCUUAG